GAAAAAAGUGAGAGGAAGAGAUAGAUAGUGUAGAUAUGUGAUAUAUUAGUGUCUGUGUAUAUAGCAUAGCAUAACACGUACACCAUUGUCACCCUCUGUAUCAUAUUAACCAUGCAACUAUCUACCUCCAUUCAUGUAACAACUUGUUUGCCAGUGGCAUGUUCCAGUAACAACACGCCCCAGGCAGAGCGUCGCCCGUGAGCUGACUGUCCGGUCGCACACCGCAGUGCUCCUCUGUGUACUUGAAUAUAGCCUUGAUAAGUGAUCCCUGGUUUCUUUUGAACCUACAAGCAUAUCCGGCAAAUUGUCACACCACAGAUAGAAGAUGAUGUGUAUAUACAGAGAUAAAUAGAAAGAGAUAGACACAGAGGGGGGGUAGACAAGAUAUGUAGGGGGAGAAAACCAGACAGCAGGGGUUGAUGGAUAGACACUCAGAGGCAGAUAAAUAAAUAGAUGAACAGAUAGAUAGAGGGAGAGGAUGAAGAGGGGAACAGAGGAGAAAAUAAGUUAUCCUUGCCUUCCCCCGCAGUCUCGUCUGGAAGAAGAAUGGAGCAAGAAUCGAGAGCUGACGAGGCAGAUCAGAGAGAAGGAGAGCGAGCUCACACGAGCCGAGGCAGAGCACAAUGAGAGGUUGAAAAGUCUCCAAAGAGGGGAGAAGAGGAAAGAGGAAGAGGCAGACGAAGAGAGAGACGAGCUUGAGAGCGAGCUCAGGAGACGAGACAAAAGGAUCAAGGCCCUCAAGAAAAAGCUCAGAGAUCAAGAAGAGGGAAAAGAAAUGGACUCGCAACCCGAAGAGGAAGACAGCGAGCUAAAGCGAAUGAAGAGGCAGUUAAGAGAGCAAGAACAGAAAAUGAAAUACGUUCUUUCUGCGGUGGAAGACCUUCAUUUGAGAGGAAUGGAGCCGCCACGUGAGCCUGAGCCGACGGCCACCUGCCAGCCCUCGGCCUCAGGCAGGAGGAGGAGGCCCCGGGAAGCUGCUGGCAGCGACGAGACUCCGCCAGCAGCUGCCACGGACAGGAUAAGGGGAGCGGCAGGCGGGAGAGACAAGCCUCGGCAAGCAGCUGGCAGCCGAGGCAAGGCUAGGAGAGCACCAGAGAGCGACGAGCCUGUGCAAGCCGCAGGCAGGGCUGAGCGUCCGGAAGCAGCAGGCAGGAGGGAAGGGGCAGGGCGAAAGGCCAAGUCUAAGGGGGCAGCUGACAGGGACGAGUCGCCACAAGACGAGAGGGACGAGUCGCCACAAGACGAGAGGAACGAGUCGCCACAAGACGAGAGGGACGAGUCGCCACAAGACGAGAGGGACGAGUCGCCACAAGACGAGAGGGACGAGUCGCCACAAGACGAGAGGGACGAGUCGCCACAAGAAGACGACAGCGAAGAGUCAGAGUGA